AUGCCGUUUCCAACUGUUGCCGAUGAAGGCAACUCCUUUGACGACUUCUUCGACGAAGAGAAGUACAGGCUUGACGGCAGUGAUGAGGAAAAUAAAGCUCACCCAGACCAAAUCGAAACUCUUUUCGCCGACGCCUUUAACCAGGACGAAUACAGACUUCCGUCACUUGAUGCCUCAGCGGCGAAGACGGAUCAUUCACCUCCUCAACCGUGGCGCAAGGGCAUGUGGUGUUUGAAGCAAAGACAACAACCUCCAAGGCUUGCAGUGGAGAAAACGCGGCGACAAGAGACAAAGAGGACAGAGCCAAUUCAAACAAUGAAUCCCAUAUAUCAUAACUUCCAUCUGGCGCAAGGACCCGUGUCGCCACUGGAGAUCAGCUCGCCCAGCCGAACAAAGAGAUUCAUCACCUCGCCCGCUGUUGGAGGGUUUGAUCCAACCACGUACGUCCGGCCUCCCUUCUCUCGCGAACCCACCUUAUCACCGAGCCCGAUGUAUGCCCAACUCCCUAUAUCGCCGUGCGCCGGUCAUGGCGACAUGAGCAACUGGCAGCAGGACUUUCAAAACUUUCACCUGCGCAUGCCGUUCGAACGUCCGUUGCUGCCUCAAUCCAUCUCAAAUAAGCAGAAUGAACAAAGCCGUUUGGCCCGCCACAUGAACGCCGCUAUAAUGAGCCGGAACCAGGGCAUAACUGGUCAAGGACGUGGGUACUUUGACGAGUACAGCUCAAGCCACGCAGAGACGGGUGCCAUUGAUCCCGUGCUGCUUAGCCCCCAGUACGAGACGCCGCAGGACAACCACCAGGCCUGCGGCGCUGACUCAUUCCUUUUGCACGACAGUCAUGCUACGCAUGGCCUGAAUGCGAUGCCGUCUCCAACCAGCACAAACCUGCCGUCAUCGGGUAGCUCGACUGAGUCCCAGAGCGCCAGGUCGCAUACCUCCAAUACAAACCUUAGCAUGCACUCAAAAGCCAUCUUUUCGCACCCCACAGCAACUGCUCAUCCUCCGCUGCCGACACUGGCACCGGCAGAGACUUACCCUGCAUUGGUUGCUCCCACUCCAAAACGUGUGGCCCAUCCGAUUCUGCAUCAGCCGAACGACAACUCAUUGACUGGACUUGGAAUCCAGUAUCCAGAGCUGGAACAGAUGAGUCAAGCCGUCCUCUACGAGCCGCAGGGAUACAUCCGGCAAGCCCCUGCUCCCAUUGGCGUUGCAUUGCCUUACCCUCCUGCGACAAUGGCACCAAACGCAAUGUAUUCCUAUCCGCCUCUCCCACCACCUCCGUCUAAUGUCUUUCCGAACCACUCCCUCUUUACCACGCCUCGGAAACAACGGCGGUCACCUUCCCGAUCGCCGUCGCCGUCAGUGUCGCCCACCAACAUCAGUCCCCGACGCAACCCUGCGCGGUCGCCGACCCGCAGUGUAACCGACUACAGCCAGAGUCGACGGAAAUCGAUCCACAAGUCAGGGCCUAUUAAGGAGAGCACUGCACAAGAUCCUAUGCCAGCGACACGGACGAGGUCGUCGUCUCGACCUCCCCGGACACCAAAAGCUCCCAAGACACCUACCGGCGGAGGAGCGGUGCUUGAUUUCGUGAAUUUCACGCCCAAGGAUUCUGCCAAGUUGUUGAGCGAUGUUGCACCAAGCGGGAGUUCCAAGACGAGGGCUCGAAGAGAGCAGGAAGCGAAAGAAAAGAGGAAAAAGCUAAGCGAGGCAGCAUUGAAGGCUGUCAAAGUCGCGGGAGGAGAUGUGGCUGCGUUUGAGAGGGAGAUUUUCACGUAG